AAAUAGUUGGAAGAGCGGCCAGUAAUCUCACCUCCCUCCAUGGGAAAGGAGUCGGUUAUAUAUUACCUAGCCCACAUCCCUGAGGGCUGACUCAGCAGCUGAGGAGGGGCUCUUAAAAGCGGGGAGAGGGCUCCUGGCUUCUCUUUUUCUGAAAAAUCACCUUCCCUUCGGGAUAUCUGCCCAGGUCUUUCUCAUUUGCAGAGGGCGAUCGAAGCAGACCAGGAGCCACUGGAGAACUGGAUAUGACGGUCCAUGGUCAGAAAGGGUUCAAGUUCCAGAAUUGGGCAAAGACCUAUGGCUGCUAUCCUGAGAUGUACUUUCAACCCACAUGUGUGGAGGAGGUCAGACAGGUAUUGGACCUAGCCAGACAACAAAACAAACGUGUGAAGGCAGUUGGGGGAGGCCAUUCACCCUCAGAUAUUGCCUGUACUGAUGGUUUCAUGAUCCACAUGGGAAAGAUGAACCGGAUUCUCAAGGUAGACAAGGAGAAACGUCAAGUCACAGUGGAAGCUGGCAUCCUCCUGAUGGACCUGAAUGUGGAGUUGAGCAAGCAUGGCCUGGCACUCUCCAACUUGGGAGCCGUGGCAGACGUCACUGCUGCUGGUGUAAUUGGGACAGGGACACACAACACUGGGAUCAAACAUGGCAUCUUGGCCACUCAGGUGGUGGCAUUAAGUCUGCUGACUGCAGGAGGAACAAUAAUGGAGUGUUCUGAGACCAACAAUGAGGAUUUGUUCAAGGCUUCCCAAGUACAUCUAGGCUGUCUUGGAAUCAUUCUCACUGUCACCUUCCAGUGUGUACCCAAGUACCAUUUGCAAGAGAUUUCUUUUCCUUCUACCUUUAAAGAGGUUCUGGACAAUUUAGACAGCCAUCUCAAGAAAUCAGAAUAUUUUCGCUUCCUUUGGUUUCCCCACAGUGAAAAUGUCACUGUCAUCUACCAAGAUCACACCAACAAGCCCCCCAUCUCAGCCGCCAACUGGUUUUGGGACUAUGCCAUUGGAUUCUACCUGCUGGAGUUCCUGCUCUGGAUCAGCACCUUCCUGCCCCGCCUCGUGCAUUGGAUCAAUCGUUUUUUCUUCUGGCUUCUAUUCACCAGUAAGGUGGAGAACAGAGACCUCAGCUAUAAGAUUUUCAACUUUGAGUGUCGCUUCAAGCAGUAUGUCCAAGACUGGGCCAUUCCCAUUGAAAAGACAGUGGAGGCCUUGACGGAGCUAAAGACAUUGCUGGAGAAUAAUCCCCAUGUGGUGGCCCAUUUCCCUGUGGAGAUCCGAUUUGUGAAGGGAGACAACAUCCUGCUUAGUCCAUGUUUCCAGAGGGAUAGCUGCUAUGUGAACAUCAUUAUAUACAGGCCCUAUGGAAAGGAAGUUCCCCGCCUGGACUACUGGCUGGGCUACGAGCGCAUCAUGAAGAAGGUUGGAGGGAGACCCCACUGGGCCAAGGCACACACCUGUACCCGGAAAGACUUUGAGAAGAUGUACCCAGGCUUUCAGAAAUUCUGUGCUAUCAGGGAAAAAUUAGACCCCACUGGAAUGUUUCUCAAUGCAUGCUUGGAGAAAGUGUUUUACUAAGAAAAAGGGGGAAAUGUAAAAUAAGGGUGGCUUCUUUCUCUAAGAAGAGGCAAACUUUCCACUUCCACCACCUCCUACUCUCCCUGAUAUAGCACAGGACUAGACCAAAUCUCAAAUUCACACAACUUCAGAUAUGAUCACUUCUUUCCCAUAGCAUCUCCCGGAACUGGUUACUCCAUCCAUCUUCUACAUGACAACCCUCAGACUUGGGCUCAGAGACCACCCAUUCUAUUUUUGGACAAUUCUAAUUGUCAGGAAGUUUCCCCUCCUAUUGAAUGAAAAUCCUCUUUUCUGCCUUCUACCCAUUGUUCAUAGUUCUGCCUUUAAGCACAAAAGGUUUUCCAUUUUCCACCUGAGAGUCCUUCAAAUACUUGAAGACAGUUCUUAUGUCCAUUCUGCCUCCUAAAUCCUAAGUCUUCUCUUCUCCUUUGACCUAACCAUAAGAUCAGAGAUUUACAGUUGGAAGGGAUUUUAGAGGCCAUGAGGUCUGACUCCAUACAUCAUUUUACAGAUGAGGAAACUGAAGCCCAAGGAGGUUACAAGGAGUUUAAAGUGACUUGCUCAAGAUCACAAAGGGAGUAAGUUGUAAAAUCAGAAUUGGAACAUGGGUUUCUUUUUCUAAAUCCAGUGUUUUUCCCACUGCAACACAGUGGGAACAGAGCAACAGGCUGCCUCCCAUCCUCAGCUUCUUCAGAUUGACUGUCUAUGUCAUGAACUCCAGUUCCUUCAUCAAGCAGGUUGCCCUCCGAUUUGUCAAUGUCUUUUCUAAAAUAUGGUACCCUUGAACCUACCAUAAGCCUCUAGUUAUCUUGCUUUUAAUACCUCUAAAAAGAAGAUGAUGACUUAGUAGCAAUGACACCUGAAACUGCUCUGACAAUUCUUAAUGUGUCUAAAAAUCAAGAGACAACUUACAGCCAAUGUGGGUUUCCCUCCUGUGCAUGCACUCUGGGUAUUUCUGUACUAGCUAGACCAGAAUGACCACAAUAUCAGAUAAUGUUACCAAGAGUGACCUCUCUUCUUUUUUAUUAUCGAUGGCAUAAAUCAUCUAUUUCAGAUGAAUUUCUUCCCCCACAAGAGUGAAAAUUCUUCAAGAAACUGAAAGGAACUCUUCCUUUGUUCUUUCUCCUCCUCCUCUUUCUCCUCCUCCUCUUUUUUCUUUUCUCUUUUUUUCCUCUUCUAGCACAGUGCCUGACACUUUAUAAAGGACUAUUUAAGAAAUGAACAAAUAAGGACUUCAUUCAAUAUUAUAAGCAUCAUCUACCUCCACUCAUAUGCUUAUUUAACCUUACACACUUUUCUUCAGGCAUAUACUCAUCAGCUCAUCCUCCUCCAUUAAAGUUAUUAUUUGUUGCUAUCUCUUAAUAAAAUGCUUUACUGAUGUC